AUGGAUGCGCCGGAGCCCGAACAGACCCCUUUCGCGGCUGUUACAGCCCACACCACCAGGAUCCAGAGACAAUACCAAGCGAUUCUGGACCAGUCAACCCCGUAUGUCAUGUACCGAUGGAUCGGCACCGCCGUGGCCUUGCUUCUCUUCUUCCUGCGCAUUUUCGUGGCGCAAGGAUGGUACAUUGUCGCAUACGCCCUGGGAAUCUACCUCUUGAACCUUUUCCUGGCCUUCCUUCAGCCCAAGUUCGACCCCUCGAGCGAUGCCCUGGAUAGCGAAAUGGAGGACGGCUCUGUUGGAACACUCCCCACCAAGCAGGACGAGGAGUUCAAGCCCUUCAUCCGACGCCUCCCCGAGUUCAAGUUCUGGUACUGGGCCACGAGAGCCAUUGGCAUCUCGUUUGUCUGCACUUGGUUCGCCAUCUUUGACGUUCCCGUGUUCUGGCCCGUCUUGGUCAUGUACUGGUUGAUCCUAUUUGUCCUCACGAUGCGCCGCCAGAUCCAACACAUGAUCAAGUAUCGCUACGUGCCCUUUACCAUGGGCAAGAAGUCCUACGCCAAGGACCGAUCUUUUCAGCUGCUCCAUUCAUUCGACCGACCAGAAGCGAGUAGGGGAAAAGGGACAAGGGCCAAGAUGUCGUCCUCGGGAGCUCGCUCAGGCGAGCGCAUGAUUCACCAGGACUUCAUUGCGCGAAUCCGCUUCUCCAACGCUCUGCCUCCGCCGCCGAACCCCCCGAAGCUGCUCGAUAUUCCCAACACCGGCCUCGCGAGCGGCCAGUACACGACGCCUGGGUUUGCAUCACGUCUGGCGCGAGAACAGCCGCUGAACAUUGAGGCCGAUGCCGAGCUAGGUAUGCCGCUCGAUCUGGUGGGCAUGCCAGGCGUGUUUGAUGGAGAUGAACGAUCAAUCCAAGCAUCAUCACAGCAGUUAGCCAUCCACCCUCACGAUCGAGCCCUCCUGAGACCUAUUGCGGCCCUUGGUAAGCCCAAGGUCGCUGAAGCAAACGUCUCCUUCCUCCGCCGAACAGAAUACAUCUCGUCCCUGGUACCGAAGCGAUUCGAGGCGAACCAUCCUAGAGCUCUGCUAGCCAAGAAUCGACGACCGGUCAAGCGCCCAGAAGCAGCCGCCGACUCACCCCAAGUCAUCAAACGCAAGAUCGACAAGGGCUUCGAGCUUGCGGAACAAGAUCUCAAGGACCCUAAGCGUGUCAAGCAUCCUUCCAAGAAGCACCUCAAGCUCGUCGAAGCGGUGCCCCUGCUGCCCGAUCUGGACGCGUUCCCCGACUCCGGUGCCUAUGUCACCAUCAAAUUCCUCACGAACCCCGUCUCGAGCUCCAACGAGUAUGAUAGUCGUCUCCGCAGCGGUUUGUUCAGGCCGAUAGACCGCACGCCCGCCGAGGAAGCGGCGCUGGAGGCGGCCAUGGAAGCCUACGCGCAGGAUCCCGCCAACAACCCCAAGCCAGCCAACCUGAUGAACUACGACUUUUACCUUGGCCAGACUCGUGCUGAUGCGGACCGCUUCCGCCGCAAGUUUGACGUCGAUGAUCCCAACCAUGAUGACGAAGACCUGUAUACCCACAAGGCCGACACGGGCGGCUACUUUCAGUUCAACAGGAUCAGGGCGUACGAGACGGCUCAGGAGACGGAGCUCGAUCACCCAACCAAGUACGAGGACGAAAUCAUUCUCGCCUUCAAUGACGACGACAGUUUCCCCAAGCAAAAGGCCAUGUACUACUACCCCAUCAUGCAAAAGUCCACUAUCCGGCCCCAGCGUACCAAGAACAUUGCGCGCACAAACUAUGGUCUUUCUGAGGAUGAUGAGGCGCAGGUAGUCGACCAGCUGGAUCUCACCGUUGAUGAUCCCACGGAGGAGAUGAGGAGCGCCAUGAAGAUGUACACACAGCAUCCUCUUGGUUGGGAACAGGACGAAGGUGGCGAUGAGCAGCAUGUGGAGCAGUCCAUCGAGGAGGCCGACGUCGAUGCCGAUGGCGAAGAGGCCGAGCGCAACGGUGCUUCAAGCCCGGUCGGAGGACAAGACCGGUCUCCUUCUGCGGACCAUGACGCUGAAGGUGAUGAGGAUGAGGAUGAGGAUUGA